GACUGGAAUAACUCAGAAACCUCGUGUAUUUUUAAGAGCUAAGUCACUCGUUUUAGUGUAAAUAUUAUGUUUUUGAAAAUAGCUAUUCCUGAAAUCAAAAUGUGCUUUUUAAAAUAAAAUCUUUUUGAUCUAUUUUUUAAUCAGCACUUUUAUUUUGAAAAGUGGCUUUCUGGAUUUAUUUACGGACUAGAAUAACGCGCGCGCGUGUACAUGUUUAUGUCAACAACCCUAUAAUUCAUUCAGUCUGAUCAUUAACUCUGCAUUCGGUCAUAACGCUGCUUCUGUCGCGCGUUUUGGAUAUCUGUCUCAUUUGUUAUAAGCUAUAAGGGCAUUUUGAGAAAUCACGCGUGGGUUGCCCUACAUUUGUGUUUUUGGUAAAGGAUUCAUUGUCUCAGUAAUCAUGACUUCUCAGGUGAGGCAGAACUUCCAUCAGGAGUGUGAGGCGGCCAUCAACAGGCAGAUUUACCUGGAGCUGUACGCCUCAUAUGUGUACCUGUCCAUGGGGUAUUAUUUUGACAGGGAUGACAAGGCUUUGCCCAAUUUUGCUAAGUUUUUCCACAAGCAGUCUAAGGAGGAGAGAGAACAUGCAGAGAAGCUGAUGAGUCUGCAGAACCAAAGAGGAGGACGGAUCUACCUGCAGGACAUCAAGAAGCCGGAUCGGGAUGAGUGGGGCAGCGGUCUGGAAGCACUGGAAUGUGCUCUGGCUCUGGAAAAGAGCGUAAAUCUGUCAUUACUGGAACUUCACAAGGUGGCAACUCAACACAGUGAUCCCCAUCUUUGUGAUUUCCUGGAGACGCAUUACCUGGACGAGCAGGUGAAGUCCAUUAAAGAGCUGGCGGACUGGGUGAGCAGCCUGCGGCGCAUGGGCGCCCCUGAGAACGGCAUGGCCGAAUAUCUGUUCGACAAGCACACUCUGGGAAAGGAAAGCUCUUAGACGUUCUCUCCUGUUCAUUAUGUAAUCAGUCAGCCAAUCAUAUCAUGCCAUAUAAGCGUCACAGUCGUGUUGGAAACUCUGCUGUAGUUUACUAGAGAUUCUGCCUGAACCCUUCAUAAGCCAUAGCCAUAGCCCAAACACGAUUAUGCUACAGUUAGUACUUGAAAUAUUAUAUAUGUAAUCAUUCGAAUGAGUUGAUCUCAAUAAAAAUGCCUAAAAUGA